UCAAAUACAGGACCGAUUUCCUCCUGCCAGCUUGGAGAUGCUCUGCUGUAGGGGAGGCAUUGCCUCAGCUCAGCUUUGCCCAGAAGAAUAACAUGGUUUUUUGCUAGGACUCCCCAUGGAGUCACUGAGAGAUACCAAGAGACUCUGCUACCAGGCGUCGCUUGUCGCUCAGUACCUCUGUCUUGCUGUUCUUUUUAUCAAAGGCUGGCCUGCCCAAAUAUGACGGCAACCAUUGCAGCACAUCACCCGUAGUGGUACGGCAGGGCACCGACUCCCUAGCCCCACGUGUCAGCUGGUGUGCUUUCCUUGAGCAAACGUGGAAAAACCAAGCUUUGAAACACAACCAGUGCAGGUCCCGUUCAGGCAGCCAUCAUCGUAGUUUUGCAACGGGAUUUUUGCGCCUCUUUGCUGCACAGCGCUGAGGGAAAAAGAUGGCUCCUACGGACCAUGAGGAUAGCAUGAUACUUUUGUAUGACCCUUAUAUAGAUGUAUAGGAGCUGGGCUCGGCUUUUAAGAAAAUUAGAUCAGAUUUUAUACCAGUAAUACUGUGGGGAAGCUUUUAUCUUCAUUAAUACUUCUAAACUAUUCUGUGUUGCUUGGAUGACAGAAAGGGGGAACAAUAGACCAGAUGCUGGUAUUGGUAUUUGGUAGGUGAAAAUUCAGGCUCAAAUUUUGCUGAUUAGGAUUUUGAUAAAUUCCACUGUAGGUGUAGAGGUAAUUUGUAUUUACACCAGUUUACCGGAGAUCAGGAAAUAGCUCUGGAGGUACGAAAGCUGCAGGCCAAAUCUAGCAGUCUGCUUCACUCUUCAUGGAGUCCAAAGUUUCUGCUGACUUCAGUGAGGAUCCAGGUAAGGUCCUUAGGAUUGGACCCAUUUUAUUUUUCACCUCAGGAUGGUCUGUAGGGCUCGGCACUAAUUGAGUCUCCUACAUUUUGCUGCCUUUCCCGUUCUCUAUUCAGAAGCAUUACUCUGUCCCUGCUCCCAAGCGUUUUUAGCUUUCUAAAUGACUUACUAGCAUAAGGCUAUGGAAGAUUGUGUACUUUUGAGUUUCCCACACCAUUUCUUAACCAUAUUCAUUCCAGCCACAAAGGAAGUGUGCCUGACUACAAACCACAUUAGCAACGGUGCUUGCCUCUGCAUUGUGUUCAGUGGGAAACCCUGCUCCCAAAAGGCCAUCUGGGCAGCACGUAUCAGGAGGGAGGCAAUGGGAGAGCAGUGAGCAUCUCUCAAGACUUGGGAAAGCAGCAGCGUCUUUAAGUCUUCCUAAAGAGCUAACAUCUGGCAGAGAUUCUGGGGGAAGGCUAUUGCUAAUGCCGUAUUUCAAACGUGUUAUCCAGAUCCAGUAUCUUGGGACCCUAAUAAGUUUUCUAUGCAAUACGGUGUAUGUUUGGAACCAUAGUAGAAGGUGUGUAAUUCAGAAUUCAUUAUCCUUAGCGUAAAGUCCACUGACUCUGCUAACUUUAUAAUAGGGAGGAAUUUUUGUUACCACUUUUCUUCAGGAUUUCCAGCCAAAGCAGAAGCAGAGCAUCUAUUUGGGGUAAUUGAGCAUCUAAUUUGAGUAACUCUCCCAAGAUGGUCAGUAAUUGGCUAAUUUUUCCCCUGACAGACUGUGAAACUGAAAAGGAAAUAAAAAGCUAUUUUAAAUAUAUAUUUUUAUUUCAGAUGCUUUAAAAUUCACGUGUGACACAGGGGGAGGAAGUAGGAACCUCAGUGGAUUUACCAUCUGGGGGAGAUUUUGCUACAUUCACCUCACAAUAAUACAUUGAACACUGUAAUUUUUAUUAUCACACACGUUCUAAAUAUGUGGGGCCUCCAGCCUCUAUGGUUAAGUGAAUUUCUCGAGGCCACAGAAGAUCAUUUAGCAUUCAGCCUGCUCAGUAUCAGGCUUUGGCUCAGUUUGGAUCCUCACGGAGAAGAAAUUUUGAGCCCUUGACCCGUGUGGAGUGCACAGCCACUACCGCAGUGCGAUCAGGUAAAGUGUUGGCACAACUAUCUCCUACUCCUUUCCAUUUGGCUUUGGACUGGCCACAUGUGGGGCAGCAGAGCUGUUCUGGAAUCGCCGCUAGGAAAGCCAGUACUGCCUUUGCUGGACUAUGUUUUUUUCCUAAGGGACCCGAGCUCACGUUGCUCUGAAAGCAGCAUGCGGGUGAUAAAAUGAGGGUACAGGCAUCAAGGGGCUCGCCACAUCCAGACGGCGUGAGGCACGGAGCAUGGUGUGCCUUCACCUGCUCUCAGCCUUGUGCUCCACUGAGCCCGUGGCAGAGUUCGAGGCAGGAAAUCUGAAGGCUUGGGUUACAGCGACAAUGCCUAACCAUGUAAUUACUAAACAGCAGGAGAAAAAAAGGUCCAUCGCAUCUCAAGCGCGCGCAGUAAACAGACACGGAACAGGACUUGAUGCUUGUGAUCCUGGAAAAAAUCAAGUGGGCAUUUUUAUCCAUACAAAUCCUUCCUUCAAGAAGGUACAUGGAAGUUACUUUCUUGGAGCAAGAAAGGAGAUAGAGGUUUUCAUUCUCUUUUAACUUGAGCUAGAUGUUGUAAUAGCGGAUUAAGCAAAAUUUCUAGCAAGACCAAGGAGAGUAAGGUGGUUCAGGCUAGCAUGACUCUUCCCUUGGAGUUAACUUUGUAAUCCCCUGGGUCCUGAGUGGAUAAGUAAGAGGUUCACGUGUAAAAUCCUGCUGUAGCAAUCCCAGGUGGAAUCAGCAGUGGCAGACGUGGGGGUGGCAAUGCCUUCAGCCUGAUCUGGAUCGGCUGAGGGGCUGCAGGCAGCUGCCCCAGCGCAGGCAGCGAGAGCCACUCUGGGCUCUCACCUCUCCCCCUCACACCUUCAGAACUACUGCGAAAAUCCCAGAAACGGCCAGAGCCUGCAAACGUGACAGAAGAAAGCCGAAGGCAGACCAAGUCACUCAAGUCACGCAUCUGCUCUACUACAGUUUUAUCAUGGGAAGUUAAUUUGUCCUCCCCCAAAAUAAAAGUCCUGCGAUGCAGGAAUGCAAUAAUGCACAGAUUCCUGAGAAGCAGGCUUAGUUUCUUGUUGUGUACUGUGGGUAAUUGCAGAGAAGGCACCUGACACUUUAAACAGCUUUGUUGGACUAAAACUGGAGCGCCUGUUUAUGUGACUUGCACCGGAAGGGGAAAUUAUUGCUGGUUUUAUAGCUGCUUACUAGUGAGUUAAUCUGGAAAACAGAAACUGUCUCUAGCAAAACUGCUAGCGGAGCCUGCUGAUCACAGGAUUGGCAUAUUUCUUCUUCAUGCGCUUGAUUAACGAGCUCAAGAAGUGAGUUACUACCCAGGAGUUUCUGUUUCAGAGAAUCUCCCCAAGAGGGAUGCAGAGAGCGAAAGAUUGGUUUCAGAGGUGGCAUUACAUGGGCUCAAAGAUAAUCCACAAGCUUUGAGGAGAACAUGUGAAAUGGUGUCACAAAAGCUUUCCCACAACUUGACAUAAAAGACUCAGAGCUCAACAGCUGCUGCUCUGUACGAAAAGAAGGGAGCCUAUUCAAGAGCAGUACAAUAGGGAUGGAAAAGCAGAUCCUGGAAGAGGUCAUUUAAGCCUUACCUGGUCUUACGAAUAAUGAGUUGCAGAGUGAGAGAGAACUGUGUCCGUGUGUCUGUGUGUAUGUGUAUUCACAUUAAAAGACAUGCAUGACCACACACAUAUAUAUUAAUAUAUACACUAAUACAUAUACACAUACAUUAAUGUAAACACAAACAGUAUAUUAAUAUAUACACUAAUACACAUACAUUAAUGUAAACACAAACAGUAUUUACUUACUACAGCAAGAGAUCCCCAAACAUAAGCCCUAACAUUACUUGACAGUAAUUUAUCCGAUUAUUAUUAUUAUUAUUCCUGUAUUGAAUCUUAUAGAGGGAGAUACUGAUGCUCACAGAGAAGUGUGUUGAACUGAUUAGGUGACAUCAUAGCACGUUUGGAGUAAAUCUGGGACCAGAACGCGUGGUUCUAGAUGUGUGAUUAAUGCUGCUGCCUGCCCGCUUCGCCCUUCUUGUAGUAUAACAGGGCAACAUUGCUGUCAGCCUUGCUCCGCACCGUCCGGGCUGCACAUCCAGAGGAUGCAGAAAACACUCUGCUGCCAUUUCCUUCUUCAGCUGUUUGUGGGAGGUUAGAGCUCGUAAAAGAAAGCAGUACUUGCACCAGCAGAAGGCAGGAUAAAUGCAGGCGGAUCUGGUUCAAGUUUUCCAAUAUGAAUCUCUGGCUGUGUGUUUAUAGAAUACAAAUAGCAAGACCGUUAACUCCUCCAGCUGCAGGCACCUAUUGAGCAAAGACUGUGCAUCUCAAUGCAGAAACUGGCCCAGUGGAGAAUAAUGAGGAAUCAGGAAUUUGAUUUCUAAUAAGUUUAUGGGCUAUGUAAAUUUCUCCUGCACUCCGUUUUCCUUUGUGCAUGGAUUAAAUGAAAAUAAUUAGAGUAAAACAUGUUUUGAGGAGGGAGUGAGAAAGCAGCAUGUGAGACUGAACUGAUCCCAAAACAGUCUGAGAUCCUUCUCACGGAUUUAUCUUGAAGGUAUUUGAAAAUGGAAACAUAAAGCGCUUGUGACGUGGCUUGAGAGUAUUCUGAAGAGGUGCGUAAGAUACCAAGGGAAGAGAACAAAGAUCAAAACAGAAAACGUUUUCAGUAACUGCGUGUACUUACAAUUAAGAGUAUUUAUUUGCAGUGAGCCAAACGGGAAAAGCUUUCUUCUGUUUCACAUGGGCAAAACUGGUGUCACAGUCACCUGAGGGAGAACGACUGGCUCUGGCUUAUAGAGAAAACAAGGACAGAUGGCUCCCAGCACUGUUUUCAUGGAGCCCGACAACCUGCUGACACCAAAGGAGAAAAACAAACUGAGGAAGCCGGUGGUGGAGAAAAUGCGUCGUGACCGGAUUAACAGCAGCAUCGAGCAGCUGAAACUGCUCCUGGAGAAGGAGUUUCAGAGACACCAGCCCAACUCCAAGCUGGAGAAAGCCGACAUCCUGGAGAUGACUGUCAGCUACCUGAAGCAGCAGAGCCAGCUGCAGAUGAAGACUGCAGGAUCCUUCCAUAAAAGCUCUCAGUUCGACUUCAGAGAGGGCUACUCUAGGUGUUUGCAAGAAGCUUUCCAUUUCCUCUCUCUUCACAAAGUCCGAACUGAAACACAGACCAAACUUUUAAGCCACUUCCAGAAGAGCCAGUCAGCUGCUACGGAGGUCUCCUUUUCCCCUGGGAACCCCAGCACCCUGAAGCAAGCAUCUCCGAAAGAUGCCAGUACUCUCUGGAGGCCCUGGUAGUCGGGGGAGUCCUUACUUCACGGACCUCUGCCUUUUACAGUCCAGAGGAAGGAUCUGACUGCAUCUGAUAGUCCAGCUCUGAUCCUCUCUCCUGUAGGGAAUUUUAUUUCCCCGUGUAUUUUAUUUAUGUGUGAAAGGAAUGGCAUACUUUUGACUUUUACGGGAUCCUUUGGCAAAAGUUCAGGCAUUCUGUUGAGUGGUAUUGAAGCUGUGUAGGUACUGCUGCUAACAGUAACACAGCAUGCUGCCCAGUCAGGGGGUGAAUGUCUUCAAAAUGAAGGAGGGUAUUUUUGUAAAUGUUACAGUUGUGACGGACAAGAAUUGCUGUAGGAGAGAUUUCUCUCAUAUUGCUUGUAAGAGCCAUCAGCUUUGCUCUGGCUUGACUAGUGGCACUUGUUUGCUCAGUCACUCCGGAGGAUAAAUUUACUACCCUUUGGUUCAUGCACACUUGAUUAAAAUCAAUUUCCCUCUGUUUGCUUAUAACUUCUACAGCAUCAAAGAUGGUUUUUGUUUUGUUUUGGAUUUUUCCCCAAUGACCCUUUCAUAGUCCUAGUAUAUAAAGUGUGAUGGAUGAACAGAAGCUAGGAAACUAUGUGGAAUAUUUCUACUGUUUUGCUGCUUUUUUCAAUUUAGAAAAAGAAUAUGUUACUGCUUUAUGUUAAAGAAAAGGUAGUAGGUAAAAGGCUUGAUUUGUCAAUGUUAUACAUUCUGGGUGUAAGCUAUGCUUUUUCUAGCAUUUUCAUUAUAAUAAUGAUUUUUGUCUGUUUUGAGUGGUUUAAUUCAUGGUGGAUAGCGUUUCUCCCACUACUGGGACAGCCCUAUGGCUUACAUGCAUACUAUGUAUGCGUCUCUGUGUUUGUAGAGAGCAAUAAAAUGCAUUUGUGUGCAA